AUGCCCUGCAGUGCGGUAACGCUGUCGCUCGCGACGAUAUCCGCCAUCAUCGCCGUUGCCCUGUUGGCAAUCGCCUUCUCGACAGACAACUGGCAGAGCUACGAGGUGAAGCGGUCCAACAUACAGAGCUUUAUUGCCAAACAUCCGGACGCGGCCGCCCUGACGGAUAGCUUCAACAACCGGCUCAUCUACUACACCCGAACACGCGGCCUAUUCCGGUACUGCUACCCGAAGGAGCGUCCUCCAGCAUCGUCCGUUCAAAUCUACCUUUCGCCCGUCGAAACGCACUGCUCCAACAUCGAUUACUUCCCUGCGAACGAGGAGCACAAGGAAUCGGACUCGUUCACCGAUGACAUCAUGACUCGGCUUCAUCUGGCGCGUUCCGUCAUCGCCGCCUUCAUCCUGAGCUUUGUCGUCAUCUUCUGCGCCUUCUGGACGGGACUCUCGGGAUGCUGGAAGCGCUCGGCUGGCGCAAUUACGGCGACUGCCAUCCUGAUGCUGACUGCCUGCCUGCUCGCCGCCGGCGCCAUGGGUCUGUGGCACACGGUUGAGUUUUUCGAGAAGGAAAAGGUCGUUGGCGAGGAGUACUACCAGCAGUGGAACACCGUCCUUCGAGACAACACUCGUCUGUCGUACGACUGGUCGUACAUUGUGGCCUGGGCCGGUGUGGCCUGCAGUCUGCUGGCCUCGAUCCUGCUGUCCGGUGCGGCCGUCUGUCUUCGGGGCGAACGCGAAAAGGAAGAACAGUUGAACCUGCAGUAUCUGAUGCCUGUGUACCCCCAAAAGCAGCCUCCCUACCCCUACGGUGGUUUCCCCCAGCCCCAGCUCUAUCCGCAGCCAUACUACCACGGAUCGCAGUACGGACCGUACAACUAUUGAGUAAAACUUUUCCCCCGCUGACACGGAGAACGACCGAAUCGAAUGAAAGCGUUAUGCGAAACGACAAAAGCUUGAACAAAAAAAAAACAGUAACAGUAGGACGCGUACUGCUGCCUCGGAUGGUGGUUUUCCCCACCGAUCGGAAGGGAUUUUCUCUCCGGCACUCCGGUGGCGUACGUUUAACCAUGAAUCAACCAGAACGCGCGUCCUCUCAGGAUCGCAUUUCUGCGCGUUCGUCGUGAAAACUUUUACUCAAUACUCCAUCCGAUCCUCCCCAUUUUGGGUUCGAUUUUCCGAACAACCGAUCGACCGUACACAGCCCCGUAACUCCUCUACGACCUUCAACGACCUUCAUGGCCAUGGCCGCCACCCCGCGUACUAAACUCCACACUAACGGGCUUCGGUCUUCCAGGGGUCCAAGGGUUUUCCAUUUAACGCACCGAUGUAACCGAUGUAAUUCCCCGAAAAAAUGGGCGCCCUUUGCUUGAAGGCACGCCUCAAUCGAUCGAUUUCCGUCGCUCAGGUGACCGGGAGUCCUGCGGCUUGGUCGCCUGGCGUCCGGCACACCACAUCCCAGAAUCACGCUUCUUCUCAUCAUGCAGCUAGGUUAGUCGAACGUGGCAUGGCCGAUCGCCGAUCGUGCCCCUCUGCGUUUCCUUAUGUAUUAUGCGGCGUAUAUGUAGAGGUAAAUUUAGCGUAGUGUUUUCGUAUUUUCGUGCUAGCGUAGGAGAGCGAGUUAAAUAUGAAUCGGUAAUUCGCGCGUAACGUAGAUGAUAGAGUAACGUAUGCAUUAACGGCGACCGUACUGAGGAGUGAGCUGCUGAAAUCGUGUGUACGAUAAACGGCGAGCGAGUCGAUUAGAAU